AAAUGUCAUUCAUUUCCCUUGAGAUAAUUAAUACUCCACACAUAAACCAAAACUAAACUCAAUUAAAAUUCAUUUUAUUUGUUGUACACAAUAUAACCGCUACAUUCGUACACAAUAAUAUAAUGCUACAUUUUUCAUCAAACCACAUCACAAUGGGAAAGAUGGCACAAUGUUGUGCCACAACAUCCCACCGGCCCCAAUCAUCCUUGCACUUCACCGCUUCGAGCGCUAGCAAUGCGAAAAGCUUUGCUAUGUUCGGGAAUAACACGACGGCGACGACAAUACAAGGCAUCGCUGUCGAGGAGAGUAGAAAAAGGUGGAUGGAAUGCCAGGGCGUCAAGAACUGGGAAGGCUUAAUCGACCCCUUAGACGACACUCUUCGCGCGCAAAUAUUGAGCUACGCCCGCUUCGUCGAGGCAGCAUACCGUUGCUUCGACUUUGACAUGUCGUCCCCAACGUAUGCCACGUGUCGCAAUGAUAUAGAUUCGAUGUUGGCCCAAUGCGGGCUUGGGAACCACCGGUACAGAGUGACAAAGAACUUGUAUGCCACGUGUACAACUAGUGUUCCACGUUGGAUAGAGAGGAUUCUGAAUUUAGCGUCAUCCCCAGAGUCUAGCUGGAUUGGCUACAUGGCAGUAUGCGAUGACGCGAAGGAAAUAUCUCGAUUAGGUCAUCGUCGCGUUGUCAUUGCUUUUCGAGGAACUGCCACCGCAAGGGAGUGGCUCGAGAACCUGCGUGUCAUCUUGACCCCCUUAUCUGUUGACAUGGCCACCACACUACCCGAUUGUUCUGGCGACCACCGCCAGCCAAUGGUGCAACAGGGGCUUUUAAGUUUGUACACAAGCGGCUGCGAUGGUCGUCAGAGCUUACAAGAUACAAUUAGGGAAGAGAUACGAGAAAUCGUCAAAGGGUAUGGUGGCAAAGGGGAGCCGGCUCUGAGCAUCACAAUCACCGGGAACAGCCUUAGAGGUGCCCUAGCAACCCUAACGGCAUACGACAUCAUGACACAAUUUAGUGGUCACGAGGCAGCGGUGCCGCUAGUGACGGCGGUGUCUUUUGGAGGACCGAGAGUCGGGAACGAUGACUUUAGACGAGAAGUAGAAGCCAGUGAUGCGAAGGUACUGAGAAUCGUCAAUCAUGACGACCCCAUCACUAAAGUCCCGGGGUUUGUGUUUGAUGACAUGGCAGGGUUGGGAGUGCCAGCGUGGCUACAGAAAUACACCAAAUAUGCGGCAUAUGCUGAGGUGGGAAAAGAACUUAGGCUUAGCAGCAAGGAUCGUCGCCUGCCACAUGCGAAAGUCAUGGCCAGAUCAGCAAUAAAUGUUGCCACGUGUCACGACCUCAACACCUACCUCUACUUAGAUUGAAACUUUUGUGAGUUCCAUAUUCAUCCUCAACAGACAAUAUAAUAAAAUAAAGAUUUAUUUAAAAUUUGAUGAAUUUAUUCUUUUAAAUACUCAUUUUUUAAAACAAUAUUAUUGUUUGGUUAAUUGUUAGAUUACUCUGUAAUUUAAAUGGGCAUUAAUUUUCUUUUAGACAGGUUACCAGACGAACAUUGACAAAGAAUCUCGAAACAACAAAGGCACAAUUUCAAUAGUGUCCAACAAGGAGCUUGUGGAUGUGUUACAUGCAGUUUUGUAUCUAUCUUUAUACAUGUAUUUUACUGGUUUCAAUGAAUUGGUUUCGAAUAA